GCAAAACAAACUCAAACCUGAAGUGAAAACUGAAAUGGUCCGGUCUGCCAGCGUCAAGGAUUCAAACAAGGCUUCGAUCUCAUCAGAACCGGAGCUUGGACUAAGAGAUACGAUUGUUAAAUCUCAGCUUGCACGCAUGGAGGAUUCCUACACGCACAUCCAGAGCUUCAGAUUUUUUGUUGGGACAUAUAAUGUGAAUGGUCAGUCACCCAGAGAAAGCCUCCAGCCUUGGCUGAGGUGUGAUGCUGAGCCUCCAGACAUUUACUGCGUGGGUUUCCAGGAGCUUGAUCUGAGUAAAGAAGCCUUCUUUUUCAAUGACACACCGAAGGAAGAAGAAUGGUUUAAAGCUGUAACUGAUAGUCUUCACCCAGAUGCCAAAUAUGCAAAGGUGAAACUCGUGCGGCUCGUGGGAAUCAUGCUCCUGUUGUAUGUGAAAGCAGACCUUGCUCUGAGCAUCUCUGACGUGGAAACGGAGUCUGUGGGAACUGGAAUCAUGGGGAGGAUGGGUAACAAAGGUGGAGUUGCCAUAAGGUUUAAAUUCCAUAACACUAGCGUCUGUGUUGUGAAUUCUCACCUUGCAGCUCACAUGGAGGAAUAUGAGCGGAGGAACCAGGACUUCAAAGACAUCUGCUCUCGGAUGCAAUUCUGCCAGUCGGAUCCAGACUUACCCCCUCUCACUAUUGGCAAACACGAUGUGAUCUUAUGGUUGGGCGACCUCAACUAUCGGCUGGAGGACCUGGAUGUGGCAAAAGUGAAGCAGCUUGUAGAUGAGAAAGCAUUUCUAGAGCUUUGCCAUUAUGACCAGCUAAAGAGGCAAAUGAAUGCACAUGCAGUCUUUGAAGGCUUUACAGAGGGAGAGAUUUCUUUCCAGCCAACAUACAAAUAUGAUGCUGGCUGUGAUGACUGGGACACAAG